AUGGAUAUGGACACCUAUCCGAUGGACUAUCCGAUGUCAUCGUUGCUAAUGGCACCGCACGGGAAUGACGGCGCCAAUAGUUUGGGUAAAAUCAAUUCAUUUACCAUCACUUGCGAGUUUCUCGAUUCUCUACGCACAUCAGCAAACAGAUCGGAUGGUGCAUUUGCUACUACCCCCAACUUAGAGCAUCUUCAUGAUUUCUGCCUUCCAGCAUUGCGAUUCGACCGUUCGAUGGGCAACAUCUUCCAAGCCUCUCCACUUGUGAAUCCUAGUACCAUGGACAAUUCGUCUACUAGUCGGGACAAGGAACAAUGGCGGGUCCUUUCGUGGUUCGUCUGGAAAAUCGACGGUUAUCGUGACAAGCUUCAAGAAUGCCUUAAAGAAAACAUACCGCCUGGCUUGAAAGACUGGUUGACAAAACACAAUGACUCUACGGAAAUACGGAAUGUUGGGUUGCGAGGUCUUGGUGACAUACUACAAGAUAUAAUACCUUCCGAGUUUGACGAGAUCCUCCCUAUUAUGAUAGUCCAGCAUGCGAUUUUUCACUAUACCUGCGAGACCAACACUCUCGGAAGCGUCGAAUCCGCAUUUACUGGGUGGAGGAAUGGGAUUCCUAUAAUCCAGACUCAUCAGUCAAGUCUUGACCUGGUAUUUGAGAGGUUAAAGUUGGCUGAUCGAUCUUCUGGGAACGCUCAACUUGCUCGACCCCACAUCCAAACGCCCCUUUUCGAGACAGGCAGUAAAUUUACACACCUUGACAUUACCUCUUAUCCGCAGUCCAUUACCGACAGCUCUUUAUAUCCACCUAGGCCCCUUAUCUCCAGCCCGGAACCAAAUCCAUGGACCUUACCAGGGGGUCAAAGCUUUGCUACUGGUCCUGACGAUAGAUACUUGACAGGCUACGCCAUGGAGAAUAUCCCGAAGCUCAGCUAUUAUGACCCAUCAAGGAUAGAAGUUCCCGUGUCUUUCACCCCCGCGGCGAACUUAAACAUGUCCUUUUGUACAACCGAGAUAAAUCCUUCGGCAUUCCAGAACCAGGCUCAUCAACGCGUGGGACAAGCAUAUGGAUUAUCCCCGUCGCCUGGUUAUUCGCAAUACGAAAACGGCAUGAGCUCAAUGUCUCUCAGAAGUUCUACGCCUUUCACUGUUUUUAUGAAGUUUAUAGACAACUUUACAAACCAGGGUGGCUUGCCUCACCUUUUCUCCAAAGGAUCCAUCCGCUGGACUAAACGACCGUUGACUGUGAACGCUAUGGUUACCGAGAAACUAUUCUUCAAGAAUACCGAAAACUUAUUCUUUGAUCCGCUGAGGAACUUGGUUUCGCAGUCGGUACAGGAUCCGAUAAUUCAAGCCAUAAUUUCGACCACAUCAUCACUAAUCUUGCUGGGCGGGUUGCAUUCACUUCCAGAUGUUGCCGACUAUAUGAUCAGUCUAGGAAUACACUUAUUACCCAGUCCCGAUUUGUGUCGCGACUUUGCUCGGAUAAUACUGCAGACCUGUCCUGAAGCUGGCGCAACAAAUACCCCAGGGAGGUCCCCCCGAGGUCGCGGACAGUAUCAGAGCCAGAGCAUUGAGAAGCGCAUCGAGGAAAUAGUGAAGAGCUACAGCGGGGCGUAUCACCCGGCGCACCUAUUCCAGUCUCAUAACACUCAGAGAAGCCAUCGCACGUUGCAUCCUAGGCAACACAUAGUUACUUCGCAAGCAAGCAGUAGCCAGCCCACGCCGUCGAUAGUCGAUUCGGUAGGAAGCAAUGGGCAUAACUUCAUGGAUAACGGCGCCGACACAUCCAUCAUGACAAGUACCACCAUACCAUCCCUAACCAGCACCGCGCAAUGCGAAGAGUGCGGUAAAACCUUCACUGGUAAACACGUCAGCUCGCACUUAUCCCGCCAUAAACGACAGCACCGGAACAUCCACGUAACGAUCGAGUGUCCGUACUGCGGCAAGCUGUUCCGCCACGUACGCACCGACAACAUACGGACACACUACCGGAACGUCCACGGGCACGAGCUGCCCGAGAACGGAAAGGAGUACUGGUCGCAGCUCACAAGUACAACGCAGCUCAGCGGCCGGAACGACUUGAAUCUAUAG